AUGAGUGGCUGCCCAUUUUUAAGAAAUGACUUUGAAUAUGAUUUAAGAAAAUUAUCUUUAGAAGGCAAUGAAGAAGACAAAUCACAAAUUGGUAUAAAUAAAGCCAGCAAAGGAGGACUUAUCUAUGGGAAUUAUCUGCAUUUAGAAAAAAUUUUGAAUGCACAGGAGCUUCAAAGUGAACUGAAGGGAAAUAAAAUUCACGAUGAACACCUUUUCAUCAUAACUCAUCAAGCUUAUGAACUCUGGUUUAAGCAAAUCCUCUGGGAAUUAGAUUCUGUUUGUGAGAUCUUUCAGAAUGGCCAUGUCAGGGAUGAGAGGAAUAUGCUUAAGAUUGUUACGCGAAUGCAUCGAGUGGUGGUGAUCCUUAAAUUACUGGUAGAGCAGUUUUCUGUCCUGGAAACGAUGACAGCCUUGGAUUUCAAUGACUUCAGAGAGUACUUAUCUCCAGCAUCAGGCUUCCAGAGUUUACAGUUCCGACUGUUAGAAAACAAGUUGGGCAUUUUUCAGAGUUUAAGAGUCCCUUAUAACAGGAGACAUUAUCGUGAUAACUUCAAAGGAGAAGAAAAUGAACUGCUCCUGAAGUCAGAGAGGGAAAAAACACUUUUGCAACUAGUGGAGGCAUGGCUGGAAAGAACACCAGGUUUAGAGCGACAUGGAUUUAACUUCUGGGAGAAGUUGGAAAAAAAUAUUGUUAAAGGCCUGGAAGAAGAAUUCAGUAUGAUUCAGGCUAAAAUCGAGUCAGAGGAAAAGGAGGAACAAAUGGCUGAAUUUCAAAAACAAAAAGAGGUGUUACUCUUAUUAUUUGAUGAGAAACGUCAUGAGCAUCUUCUUAGUAAAGGUGAAAGACGACUCUCAUACAGAGCACUUCAGGGUGCCUUGAUGAUAUAUUUUUACAGGGAAGAACCUCGAUUCCAGGUCCCUUUCCAGUUGCUGACUUCUCUGAUGGAAAUAGACACACUCAUGACCAAAUGGAGAUAUAACCACGUGUGCCUGGUGCACAGAAUGCUGGGCAGCAAAGCUGGCACCGGGGGGUCCUCAGGCUACCAGUACCUGCGUUCAACAGUCAGUGAUAGGUACAAGGUAUUUGUAGAUUUAUUUAAUCUUUCAACGUUUCUGAUUCCCCGACACUGGAUACCGAAGAUGAGCCCAAUUAUUCGCAAAUUUCUUUACACGACUGAAUAUUGUGACAGCUCUUACUUCAGCAGUGAAGAAUCAGAUUAA